AUGGUGCGGUGUAUGCGCAGCUCUCUGCACACUGGCUGUUUGCUGCAGCUGAGCUGCACGUACACCCCAACUCAACUGCCUGUGACGCCUAGGCUAGCUGGGGAUAUGGCGGAGUUGUCAGAGACGUGGCAGCCCCGCCAGCUGCUGCAAUCAUUUUGCAGCCAAGCGGCUGGCGUAACGGUGCUGCGGCUGACCCGUCCUGUAGCAGCAGCAGCAGCAGCAGCAGAGGGAUCAGCAGCAGCAGCAGCAGCAACAGCAGCAGCAGGGCAGCAGCUGGAUGUGCUGUUGUCGCUCUAUAGCGAUUCGCUUUGCUGCGCGUUGCUUCCAGCCUCCGCCCGUGCAGCAGCAGCAGCAGAUGCUGCAGCAGCAGCAGCAGCAGCAGCAGCAGCAACAGCGGCAGGGACAUCACCGGGGGCAGCAGCAGCAGCAGCAGCAGAUGCAGCAGAAGGCCCCCUUCCCUCCUACCUGGAGACUCAGUUUUGGGGGCCUUUGCAGCUGAGUGAUGCUGCUGUAGAAGAUGCUGUUUCUGCGUUUGCUGCCUGCACAUUGACGCAAGAGAGCAGCAGCAGCAGCAGCAGCAGCAGCAGCUCCUGCAGCGUAGGGCUUGUUCUCUCCUGUGGGGCGUCUGGCCUCAUGCGGCUGAUGCUGCUGACCCUGAAGCCAGAACUGCAGCACGAACAGCAGCAGCAGCAGCAGCAGCAGCAGCAGGACCCUGCCUUGUUCAUUGCAUCACAGAGGCUCAGCAGCAGCAGCAGCAGCAGCAGCAGCGAGAGCCCCCUCCAGCCGUGGGCGCAGUUGCAGCAACUGCAGAAGUGGAAGGGGACUUCAAGCGUCGCUCGUAUUGCAUGCAUUUCCGAGCCUCUCCCGAUCUUUCGCUCAGCAGCAGCAGCAGAAGCAGCAGCAGCAGCAGCAGCAGCAGGAGCAGCAACAGAAGCAGCAGCAGCAACAGAAACAAUACGACUUGCUGCUGUUGGCUGUGUGGGAGGCGAAGUCGAGGUGCUGCUGCUGCAGCAAACAGCAGCAACUCCGUGCUGCUCCCUGAAGCAUGCUGCUGCGGUUACUGCCCUCAAGUUUCACCCGUCUCGCGCGCUGUUGGCUGUCGGUACUGCUGACGGUUUGCUGCGGGUCUAUAACCUCUCCUUUGUAGCAGCAGCAGCAACAGCAGCAGCAGCAGCAGGAGCAAGAGCAGCAGCAGCACCAGAGCAUGUCCCCUUCCUAACUCUCACAGACCAUGUAAGCAGCAUCACCGCCCUUUGCUUCGUUCCUGCUGCUGCUGCUGCUGCAGCGCAGCAGCAGCAGCAGCACAAGACAGAGCCUGGCUCACGGAAGAGUGCAGCAGCAGCAGCAGCAGCAGCAGCAACGCAGUUUGGAGACUGUCUCGCUUCUGCUGCUGCUGACUCUCUCAUUAAUGUCUGGUCCUUGAAGCCGUUGCCCCACACUGCAGGGCUACCCGUGCUGCAGCAGCAGCAGCAGCAGCAGGAUUUGCCGGAAGUGCUGCAGCACAUUAGGAAGAGUGCCUUGCAGCUACAGAAGCGCCUCCAGCAGCAGCAGCAGCAGGAGCAGCAGCAGCAGCAGCAGCGGAAGCAACGAGGUUUGCUGCUCUUGCAAAUGCCUACACUUGAGAUAAUAACUUCCUUAGCUGCAGAUACUGCAGCAGCAGCAGCAGCAACAGCAGCACCGCUGCUGCUCUCAGGAGGGGCUGAGGGAGUUGUGAAGAUUUGGGACCUCUCAAAGAAAACUGUCGUUCAGGUGAUGAGGACGCCUGCUACAGCACCUGCAGCCUCAGCAAAGACUGGGAACGAAGACGAUCCCGGUGCCUUUAUCCGCACGCUGCUGCUGCUGCCAGCAAACAGCAGCAGCAGCAGCAGCAGCAGCAGGUACGCGCUGCUGAUUGCACAGGACUCAGGUGUAAUAAGCGUGGUGUCUCCUUUGCCUGAUUUGGGGUCUCUGCUGUCUCCUGAAGCAGCAGCAGCAGCAAAAGGAGCAGCAGCAAAAGGAGCAGCAGCAAAAGGAGCAGCAGCAAAAGCAGCAGCAGCAGGGAAGCAGCAGCAGCAAGGAGACAGCUGCCAAGCUUCCUGUCUCCUUGGGCGUUUAGAGGGCCUCUUCGCCUGCAGAUUUAUACCUGAGCCUCCGGAGGCUUGCUGCUGCUCUCUCUGCUGCUGCAGCAAACGGAGACGCAAAGGAUACACCUCAAAGUAUCCUUCCCGGUUGAUGGUUUUAAACGGAGAUAACUGCGCUUGGGUCAUUGACUUACUUUCUGGGAGCCUUGCUGCUUCUCCUCUCUGCAGCAGCAGCAGCAGCAGCACAUUGCUGCGCUUUGCUGCUCCUGCUGCUGCUGCUGCAGAUGCGCUGCAGCAGCAGGCAGCGGUGUCCUGCGUCGAUAUAUCCAGGAAAGGAGAGCGCAGCGGCAGUCUUCGUUUGCUUCACUCAACUGGGCGUCUUCUUGCUGCAGCUGAAGCUGCUCAUGAAGGAUGCGUUACUGCUGUGGCCUUCCAAAGGAAACAAUGGUCGAAGGCGAGCCCGCUGCUGCGGCACCAGCAGCAGGAGCAGCAGCAGCAGCAGCAGCAGGAGCAGCAGCAGUGUCUCUGCGACUGUCGGGGCAUCUCCCCGAAUUCUCCUCAUACACUAACGUUUGCUGCUGCUGAUGAAAAGAAUGUUUUAAGACUGUGGAGAGUAGAUAUACCCGACAGCUUCUUUGCUGCUGCACCGCAGCAGCAAAGGCAGCAGCAGCAGCAAGACUCAGGAAGCACUGCGCAGAUGAGCGCAUAUUCAUCCCCUGGCAUUGUGUGA